CAGUUUAAUACAGGCCACUUUAAACGACACAGUACAGAGUAAGCAUGGCUAUUAGUUCCCCGUUAAUGCUGCUGAGUUUUGCAACCGCCGUCAUGGGUCAUGGUCGACUAACGGACCCGCCUUCACGGUCUACUGCGCACAGAUACGGGUUCAACACACCGUUUAACGAUAUGGACCACCAGUUGAACUGCGGAGGAAUAACGAAUCAUUGGGGAGUAAACAAUGGCCGCUGUGGUGUUUGCGGAGAUCCUUAUCAAGGUCCACGUGAAAACGAGGCUGGCGGGAAAUAUGCAACAGGAACAAUAGUACGUCAUUACAAGGAAAGCAAACAAAUAAUCGUUGAGAUUGAAAUAACUGCACCUCAUGGCGGUUGGUCAGAAUUUCGACUUUGUCCAAAUAACGACGUACAGAAACCUGUUGCACAGCAAUGCUUGGACCGCUAUCUUUUAGCGACACCUAGUGGAGAAACACGAAUUGUACACCAUCGUAUAUCGGGAAAAUUGAAAAUACCGCUCGUCCUUCCACAAGGUCUAACCUGCACUCAGUGUGUGAUGCAAUGGAAAUGGAACACUGCGCAUGACUACAACUGCAACCCCGCGACUCAUGAAUGUUGCAUGGGAUGUGGACCACAGGAACAAUUCUAUGGUUGCGCCGAUGUUUCAAUCGAGAAAUCCACAAAUGGAGGAUCUGGAUCAUACCCAAGAACGACCAAGAGUCCUUUCCGCCCAGUAUUUACCCGUAAUACUCAACCAAAUGCUUUUGUUCCGAUCAAUAUUCGCAGUGGGUAGAACGGGUUUCACGCGAAUUUCUUUCUUUCGUAGAGACAUAUUUGGAGUUACAGCGUCUGAAGUGACGUGUACUGAAUAUUCUCAUAUUACAGUACAUUGGAGAAUCUGUUUUUAAAGGGAGACGCCAGACUGCCAUUUUGACUUUUAAAUGAUCAGGAUUUUCAACAUUGAAAAGACCACAUAAGGACUGUACUCUGCUCUCAAAACGUAUAAAUCAAUGACUUCCGAGAACAGAAAACAGAAUUUUGAAACAUCGUCUAUUCAUGUUAUUUUCACUGUUGGUACGCUUGAUCAGAUAUUUGUGUGAUAUAGAAUACCGUUUGAUGAUGAAGGCACUGUACUAUUCGACGGUUUUGGAAAUUUGGAAUGUCACACAUAUAUGUUUUAUUUUAUGUAAAUAUAUUAAGAAAUCAAAAUAUUUUAGAUGCAAAUGUCUAAUAAAGCGGC